AUGCAGGCCGUGAGCCCCCCAAGGAAGUGGGCUGCCCUCCCCAGCCCGUCCACUCGAGAGGCAGCCUCCAUGUACGGCACGGCCGUGGCUGUCUUCCUGGUCAUCCUGGUGGCCGCCCUGCAGGGCUCGGAGCCCCCUGAGAGCCCCUUCCCCUACCACAUCCCCCUGGACCCCGAGGGGACCCUGGAGCUGUUCUGGAACGUCAGCUACCCUACGGAGGCCAUCCACUUCCAGCUGCUAGUGCGUGAGCUCAGGGCCGGCCUGCUCUUCGGCAUGUCCGACCGUGGGGAGCUGGUGAACGCCGACCUUGUGGUGCUCUGGACCGAUGGGGACACUGCCUAUUUCGGGGAUGCGUGGAGUGACCAGAAGGGCCAGAUCCACCUGGAUUCUCAGCAGGACUACCAGCUGCUGCAGGCACAGAAGACAUCAGAAGGCUUGUACUUGCUCUUCAAGAGGGCUUUCAGCACCUGUGACCCUCAGGAUUAUUUCAUCGAGGAUGGCACGGUGCAUCUGGUGUACGCGGUCCUGGAGAGGCCAGUACUGUCACUGGAGGCUAUCAACACGUCACAGCUGCAGUCGGGGCUGCAGAGGGUGCAGCUGUUGAAGCCCCACAUCUCAGUGCCCACACUGCCCAAGGACCUGAGCACCAUGGAGGUGCGGAGCCCCAACAUCUUGAUUCCUGGCCAGGAGACCACGUACUGGUGCUUCAUCACCGAGCUCCCGAAAGACUUCUCGAAGCACCACAUCGUCAUGUACGAGCCCAUUGUCACCAUGGGCAACGAGGCCCUGGUCCACCACAUGGAGGUCUUCCAGUGUGCCCCAGAGUUCGAGAUCAUCCCCCACUUCAGCGGGCCCUGCGACUCCAAGAUGAAGCCGGACCGUCUCAACUACUGCCGCCACGUGCUGGCCGCCUGGGCCUUGGGCGCCAAGGCAUUUUACUACCCAGAAGAUGUUGGCCUUGCCUUUGGGGGUCCUGGCUCCUCCAGAUUCCUGCGCCUCGAGGUCCACUACCACAACCCCCUGAAGAUCCAAGGCCGCCGUGACUCCUCCGGCGUCCGCCUGCACUACACGGCCUCCCUGCGGCGCUACAAUGCAGGCAUCAUGGAGCUGGGCCUGGUGUACACGCCCGUGAUGGCCAUCCCGCCGCGCGAGUCCGCCUUCGUGCUCACUGGCUACUGCACGGACAAGUGCACCCAGCUGGCACUGCCCCCCUCCGGGAUCCACAUCUUCGCCUCCCAGCUGCACACGCACCUGACAGGCAGGAAGGUGGUCACGGUGCUGGCCCGGGAUGGCCACGAGGUGGAGGUGGUGAACAGAGACACUCACUACAGCCCACAUUUCCAGGAGAUCCGCAUGUUGAAGAAAGUGGUGUCCGUUUACCCAGGCGAUGUGCUCAUCACCUCCUGCACGUACAACACAGAGGAGAGGACGCGGGCCACCGUGGGUGGCUUUGGGAUCUUGGAGGAGAUGUGUGUCAACUACGUGCACUACUACCCCCAGACGCAGUUAGAGCUGUGCAAGAGCGCGGUGGACCCUGGCUUCCUGCAGAAGUACUUCCGCCUGGUCAACGAGUUCAACAGCGAGGAUGUCUGCACUUGCCCACAGACCUCUGUCUCACAGCAGUUUGUCUCUGUGCCCUGGAACUCCUUCAACCGCGACAUGCUCAAGGCCUUGUAUGGCUUCGUGCCCAUCGCCAUGCACUGCAAUAAGUCUUCCGCCGUGCGCUUCCAGGGUGAGUGGGACCGACAGCCACUCCCGGAAGUAACGUCCACUCUGGAAGAGCCUGCCCCGCGGUGCCCAGCCAGCCAAGCCCGCAGCCCCAGCGGCCCCACCGUGGUCAACCUCGGUGGCGGCAAAGGCUAA